UCCCGGUAAUGUGCAUUCCCCACUUUCGGUUUUCUCUGCAUUACGCAUGUUGAAACGCAGAAAAGCAGCGCUCCAGCCACAUCCUGCAAACGGCGUUGGCUGGAGCGCAGUCCGGUGUCCCGGCAGGAAGCUGCCCCGACCCGUGAGAAAGCAGAGAGACCAGGCAGAUGGGGAUUCAAGACAACUUGCGAGCCGGACUGUUGGAUCCGCACAUUGACCUAUGGAUUUGAGAACAGCAGCCGCCUUCAUUGUCUGCUUCACCCUGUUGUAUCUGGCCCCAAGCUAUUGCCUGGAGGUGAGGCUGAGCGAGGAACUGGUGUGGGGACUGGUGGGCCAGGCGGUGGAGCUGAAGGCCGAGUACCAGCUCGGGGUCUCUGAGCGCCUGCACAGCAUCACGUGGCGGGUGGAUAAGGACUAUCCCACGCGGAUCCUGCAGUACAUUGCCAGUAGGAACACCACCCUCCCCUCUGCACCAUACCAGCACCGCGUCCAAUUCAACAGCACCACCGGCUCCCUCUGCAUAGCUCGCUUCACCGAGAGCGACCACGGCCUCUACCACAUCACCGUCACUGCCGUGGAUGGCACCGAGGUCAAGGCACAGGCACGCGUGGCUGUGUACGAGCCAGUUUCAGGGAUCAUCGUUUCCCUGUCCCCCAACAGGACGUCCCCUCAGCAGAACGUGACACUCAAAUGCUCGGUGGUGGCAGGGAGCAAGCUGCAGUUUGCCUGGUCCAAAGAUGGCCAGAACAUUACGGCAAGGGGCUGGGUGGUGCAGUGGGACAUGGGCCAGGACCUGGUGCUGCCUGAGCUGGGCUGGGAGGACUGUGGUACCUACACCUGUAAGGUCUGGAACACAAUAAACUGGCAAAGCCUCAGCCUCAACCUGACAGCCUCCUCUGAUGUGCCAGCGUGUCAGACCCAGGACGUGCCAGAGCGGCUCCGGUUCCUGCUCCUCAGUCCGGUCCUCCUGUGUUUCCUGCUGGGGGUUGUUCUGCUGUUCUUUUCCGUUGGAGUUGGGAAGAAGGCGCUUCAGAAGGCAAGGAUGAAGAUAUAGAGCUUUGAGACACCAGCUGUGAUCCCUUUCCUCCUGAACCUGUCAUGGCUGCCCUUCUCCUUGUUCCCACCAUGCUCCAGGACCAGCAGCGUUCCAUGGGGCUUGGAGAGAUUCCAGGGAGAAUGGAGCUUUACUGACUCAUGGUACUCGUUGCCUUAAGGACAUUACUUGACUUAUUUAUUCCAAGGCAUGAACGCUUCGACGACUUCAGGGUAACAGGGCAUGUGCCAUGCAUGUUUGGGAGGUUUGGACCUAAACAGAGAUGGUGAGCAUUGCAUGACCCAUCUGCAGAAGCAGGAAGCAUGGCUCUGUCAGGUCCCACCAUCUUGUCACCUAACGUCACCGUACUGGGGAUCACCACUGACAAGAAACUCCACUGGAGCAGCCACAUAGACAUCAAGGUCAUGGACUGUGAAUCUUGUGGAUUUUGACUCUCCUUCCUGCACCUGAAGUCUUACUCCCAACUCCCUACCCGCCCAGUUAGGAAUGUGAUGGAACAUGUUUAAUUCCCUAGUGGUUAUAGUCAAUUCUCCAUCUACAAGAGUGUAAUGGGGCACUUCCCUAGUCCAUGCACACAACAUCCGCCACAUUUCCCAGAUCUACAGAGCAGAAGGUAGGAGGAUGUUGGGACGCAGUUAAUCCACACACUCAACAUUUGCCACAUUAGCUCCAUCUAAAGGUCAUGAGUGUGACAGGAUACUGGGUGGAAAUAAUCCCUUCUCCCAUUGACAGGGCAGGAGUUCGGGAGUGUGACGGGACACUUCCCACUUCCCUGGAUGAAGAUAGUCCAAUUCCCCAACCACAGGGCAGGAGUUGGGAGUGUGGCGGGACACGCCCCACUUCCCUGGCUCCAACACUUCUCUCUGGUUGCCAGAGGCAGCCACACCUGAAGCUCAAAGAGAAUGGUAGGAACCGCCCUGUCUGUGCUGAAAGCUGGCAGUGGGAAAGGAGCCCUGCUUGGCUCCUCCUUGUCUGCCAGGCUCCUGCCUGGGGCCAGUUUGUGAUAGCUGCCUGCAUGCAUCAGUGCUUGUGGUUCAGGCUGAUGGUAUGUUAGCGAAAUACCAACGAGAUUGAAGUGGGGUCACCAGAGACAGCAGAAAAUAGGACUCAGGUGGGGUGGGGGGGGGGAAGCACAUGUGACCUGCCUGAGGAGUUCAGGUGGGGCAGUGUGUGGGAAGGAAGCAAGAGGCUUCCAGCAUCUCAUGUCAGGACCCUGAAUCAGGGCUGAGAUCAGAACUGGGUUCCAUAUCCACCAUCCCCAUCUCAGAGUGGUGGGAAGGAAGUUGGGGGGAUUGAGCAGUCAAGGAGCCAUGCAGCGCAGGUGCAGGCCAUUCAGCCCACUGAGUUCCCUGCUAUCUCACUGAAUCUCACCCCAUUCCAUUCUUCCCUCCUCCUUCCCCUCCAGAGUUCACCCCAUACUGUUGGUGAAACUCAGUGCGUCGGGCAGUAUCUGAGGAGGGAAGAGUGGACAGCAGCCUUCUCCUGGAAUGAAAGUCAGGGUUUCAUCUGUCCACUCCAACCUCCCUGGAUGCUGCCCAACCUGCUGAGAUCCCCCAGCACAGUGGGGGUUGUUCCAGGUUUUCAGAUUCAGAAUCAGAACCAUCACAUGUAGAUCAAAACAUCCAGAGGCCUGUGUUGUUUGUGCAUCCAGCAGCACAACUGAAGGGCGUGCUGGGGAACAGCCUUCAAGUGUCACUGCGCUUCCUGGUGCCAACAUAACAUGCCCACGAUGUUCAGCAGAACAGCACAAGCUGCAACAACGACACAAAAGCCAUCUCAAAACUGAACAACAGCAACGUCCUCUCCUCCCUCCCUCCCACAUGCACACACAGACAGGCCUGCAAUCCGAGGACAGGCUGCCUCCAGAAAUCCAACCUCCAGUCCUUGGCUGAGACUGAAAAACAUCGACUUUCUGACCUCCAGGUUCACUGACUUCGACUUUCACCCUUCAGCUAUCACACCAAACGCUUGUUGAUCACAGGACUUCGAUCUGGGGGCCUCAAACUCUGGACUCUCAUGGGUCUCCAUGUCCUUGUCUUACUGGCGUGGGGUUUAUACCUGUCCCAGACUCACAAAUUCACAGACAUUAGUUCACUGACUUCUGGACAUGCUGACGCAGGGCCUCGAUGUCCAGGUGCCCAACUUCUGUCCUUGCCCUUUGGACUUGCUGCACUCGGGACUUUGACUUUUAGCUUUUGGGCUCACAGACUUGCAGGCAUUAAUUCUCUGACUUCUGGACGCACUGACAUUUGGGCUUUAACCUUUGGUAUUGGUCCCAGCACUCGCAGAUUAUGGGAUUCUGACAGCAUGGCCCCACUGGCAAGGAGAGGCCAUUCAGCCCACUGGAUCAAUUCCCAUCCCUGCAUUUGCUCUUCUCUCUCACUUCUGCCACCCCUCAGACACAGAUUACUUUUGGGUGGGGUGAUGUGGAAUGGAAAUGGGAUUAAUCCACCCAGCCCACUUGUGGCAGAGGGGGCAGAAAGGGUUGGGGAAGGUGAGUCAAUGUGUGAGGAAUAAUGGGAUAGUCGCAGGCCUGGUAGAUGGAGGUGGAGGAGUUGACUGCCUGGUCAGUGCUUUCCACUGGCUGAGAUUGGUCACUGUUCUAUGCAGUCUGAGUAGGGCCAACUGACACACAGUAAGAUCCCAUGGGCCAGAAGUGGGAGCAGGAGGUUCUCAGUGCAAGGACGUCCCAGAUGGAGGCUGGCAACAGGAGGAUUGAGUGUUGGGGAGGAACAUAACUCCUUUAGAUCUCAGGGCAUGGAAUAUCUGUAUGAGUGCUCCCUCCUGAUCACUCCUUCCCUCUCACUGUCCCUUCCCCCUCAAAGCCCCUCCGUCCUCACUGCCUCCCUUUCCUCACUGCCACUCACUCCUCAUUGCUUCACCCUACUCACUAGCUCUCCCUUUUCACUGCCUCAUCCUUGAGACUGCCACACCUCCUCACUUACCUUCCUCCUCAACAUCCCUCCCUACUCGUCAUGCCGCCUUCCUCAACUUCCCUAAUCACUUUCCCUCUCCUCCCUUCUAAUGGCCCCUCAACCCUCCCCAUCCCUCCCACAGCCCCCAUCUCCUCAGCAAUCUCCUCCAUCCCACUGCUCCUCAAUGGCCCUCCGUCCUCAAUGGCCCUUCCUUCACGAGCACCUUCUUUCCUCAGUGCCUCUCUGUCCUCAGCAGCUGUCCCUCCUCACUGCCUCCCCCCACAUCUCUGUGAGUCAGUCUGGGUGGGGGCUGUGUUUGCUGACUCUUCGAGUCAGGUGGAGGGAGGCCUGGAAAAAGGACAUUGAGAUAGCUUGUUUUGUACAUGUCAUCAGGCAUUAACUUUGCAUUGUUAAAUUGUUGAUCCUGCACUUUAACUGCUCCUUGUGUAUGCCAUUGUAAGUUAUAAGCCAUAUAUAUAUUUCAGAUAUCUUUAUUGUAUGUUUAAUCUGUAUAGGUAUACUAAAUCUGUAA